AUGGUUUUCUAUUACAAGUGGAUGCAAGUAGUGCAGCUGAUUUUGUUUAUCCCAUCAUUUGGUCUGGGAUUAAUCUUCAAUGUAAUGGCUCUUGUGAUGGUACUGUUUAAGAUAAAGAAGUGGACAGAGUCAACUACUUAUAUUGUUAACCUUAUUGUUUUUGACAUCUUGUUGAUUUUGGCUCUUCCUUUUAAAAUCUCGGUAUUCUUCAGCUCUGAUGGUGAAGUUCAGAAAUGGUCUCUCAGUAUGAAAUUCUGCUCUUUUCUGGAAAGCACAUACAUCAUCAACAUGUACGGAAGUAUUCUAAUCAGCAUGUGCAUUAGCAUGGAUCGAUACAUCGCCAUUGUCCACCCUUUUUCUGCAAUGCUUCUUCGAUCACCAAGAAUUGCCAUAAUCAUUUGUGUUAGCGUCUGGAUUUUUCUCUUGAUUGGGGUUUUUCAAACCCAUGACUUGCACAUCUAUCAGAAUGACACUUGUUUUGGUGGCUUUUCAAAUGUGACAUGGACUGAAAAAGGAAACUUAGUAAUUUCGUUGGAAGUAGUAUUUUUAAUUUCUGCAUUAGUCAUGGUGUUUUGCUCAGCACAGACAAUCAGAAUAUUCAGAAGACUAAAAGAUGAAAGCAUGGAACGCUCUAAAAAUGCUCGAGCAAUCAUUAUUGUGUCAGCAAACCUAGCUACCUUCUUAGUUUGUUUCACACCAUACCACAUAGCUCUAUUUCUUUAUUACUUAACAAACCCCAGUGCUACAGCUAGGCCUGACAAUCAGCAUAUGCAUCAUUUUACUGAGCUCGCGCUCUCUGUAGCUAAUAUGAAUUGCUGCCUGGAUGCUUUAUGCUACUACAAUGUUGUUAAAGAGUUCUCAGAGCCCAAAUAUAUACCAAAACAAGAUACUCAAAAGCUUUGA